AGGAAGUGUGGAGCAAACAGCACAGCACAGUGGAGGGUGUGUGUACAAUGUAAUCACUGCUUCAAACUGAACUUUAGGAAAGUAAGUAACUCAUGACUUAAGUUUAUAUUCAGAAACCUGAACGAAAGUAAUUUGUGCUCUUGUAAACCUUGUAAAUCAGACUCAGCAAGUCAGUUAACUUAGCUAGCUAGCCACCCAACCACAAAACGCUGUUUCCAACAUAUUCGCUAGGUAGCUAACGUUAUCUGUCUAACAAGUCGUUAACUAGUUAGCUAUUUGUUUCGUUUCUAAUUUUAGCGCUAGUAUAGUUAGCUCGCUAGCUACAUUGUACGGACUUUUUGCAUUAAUUGCGUGCAUGUUUAGUAGCAGCCAAUUUAGCUAGCUCGAUCCAAUCUCUAAUGAUGAAAUAUUUAUGCCUGUACCGGUAUUUAUUGCUGGGUUGGCAUGUAGUGCAGUUUGAUGCAACCGGGACAGGCUGCUGCUAGUGUCGUGCACCAGUAUUGCUGCUAUGUCAUAUAUCCUGGGAACGAGGAUGGGCUGCUGCAUAGGGUUUCGUUGGUCUGAAAAUGCAACUCCUGACCCAGUAGAAGUCAUGCACGUUCAUUGUGACUUUUUACAAUGGAUGGGUGGGAAAUACAUCCUCUAACAUACAAAAUACCACCACAAAUGGCAAUUAACUAUUGAGAUUUGAAGAUAUGAUAAAUCUAACUAACUGUUUCUUCAUUGCUUGAAUGCAAACCAACAUCUUUUUGGGGGGCAAUAUUAGAGGAGCUGCUUAUGUUGGCUUAAUCCCCCAUAUCCCCCUAUGAAAGAGGCCUGGGGGUCAGCCAGAUUGAUGACAACACAGCUUUAGACAGCUUUGUGCUGAGACAAAUAGUUCUGUCUAAUGAAUUUAGCUCGAAACGGUGUUUGAAAGCACAGUCUGUCAGUAUCCACUGUCUGUAUUUCAGUAUCACUUGUAAAAUAUGGAAAACCCUAAAGAGGACUACAAGAUUCAGUCUUUCGACUUGGAGACCCAGAAGCUGCUGAAAACGGCCCUGAAAGGUCAGUGUCUCAUGUAGUGAUUCUGUGAAGAUAUAUAUAAUAGUCUGUGUGGAAAAAUCAAUGUGGUCAGAUUGAUAAUAUUUUGUUUUUACAAUUGAGUACAUAGUACAGUGUCAUGUUCAUUAGGGCAAACCGUAGCAAUAGAUUUCAAACAUUUUGCAACAGAAAACGAAAAAUAAGCAUUUCUUAUUGGACAAGCUCAGAUAGAACUGCCCCUGUUUCAGAGCGUUUAUGUUCAGUUUCGUGCCUAUUGAACAUGACCCAGUAGCAAGUGUAAGUGUGGCUGUCUUUGGAUUAGCCAUCUCUAUGCCCUCAGAGCCCAGCACGGUGGACCUGGAGAAGGUGUCCAAUGUCAUCGUGGACCAGUCUCUGAAGGACCAGGUCUUCAGCAAAGAGGCAGGACGCAUUUGCUACACUAUCGUUCAGGUAUGGUAAUAAUCACCUUAGCUACUGGCCUUUCUGGCUGAUAAUAAUGGUGGUAACAACAGUAAGGUGAAUUGUUGUCUUUGAUUCUCUUGUUUGACUAGGGCUUCACACCUAGGCCUAGAACAUGGUGUGAACUAAAGAUGGAGUUUGACUGUAAACGAAGUCGAAUUAGCUCCUUUCUAGAAGCUCAGAGAUCUAAGAUCAGCUUACCGUCUCCAAAUCCUAACCAUUUGUCGGGUGGGCAGCUUGGGGGGGGAAUCAAGGGGGUUAUCAUUGUCAAGGGGCAACUCAAUCCUACUCAACCCAAUCCUACUAUUUUGCUCCCCAGGAUCAGUGCUUUAACUUCAUAGUUGUAUAUAUCCAUAGACUGGAAACCAUACAGAUGCUUAUGGCUGUGUGACCUUGUUCUCUACCACCCCUUGCAGGCAGAGGCCAAGCACAACAACGGCAAUGUGUUCCGGCGGAACCUGCUCAACCGACUGCAGCUGGAGUUUGUAGCCCGGGAGGAGACGCGGCUUCGCUCGCUGCAGGAGUGGGUCUGCUUCGUCACCUUCAUCUGCAACGUCUUCGACUACCUCAAGGUACGAGCCAAAACAUUCCAGAAUCCCAAUUCAUAUUCUGACUGGAGGUAUCUAACAACCUAUUCACACGACUGAGCUGAGCCGAGCUGUACUGGGCUGGCCUGGUUACGCAUCCACCAUAAUUGCUGUAAAGAACAUUGUGAAAGGACAAUAUCCAAAACCAGCGCAGUACGUUUCAUCCCUAUAGUGUGAAUCAGGCAUAAUACUGUCCAGUUUUAUUUGAGCUGUUUCGUCAUGGAUUGUAUACGCAUAGAAGCCUUUCUUAUCAAUGAAAUGCUAAUAGCGCCUUGGGUUUUUCCCCUCCCCAGGUGAACAACAUGCCUAUGGUGGCUCUGGUGCAUCCUGUGUUUGACUGCCUGUUAAGGCUGGCUCAGCCCGACUCACUGAACAAUGAGGAAGAGGUGGGUCAAAGAUAGCACAGCACCCAAUUUAGUAUUUCAACUGUGGACAUAUUUCAAUUGUCUAUCUCACUUCUUAAAGCGCAAUAUGUUGGUUACUUACCAAGCGUCAAUUUCAGAUUAAAGGGAGACCCAAAGAGAAAAUGUCUGCAUACCCUUGACAAAAUCUCCAGGCUAAAAUGUUUGGCUUUAUAUACUGGCUAGAUCUCUGAAUGGGGGGUUCCCCUUUGUUUAAUAUUGGUGCUCCUUUCCUUCCCUUCCCCCAGGUAGACUGCCUGGUGCUGCAGCUGCACCGCAUCGGGGACCAGCUGGAGAAGAUGAACGGCCAGAAGAUGGACGAGCUCUUCUACCUGCUGCGGGACGGCUUCCUAUUGCAGGAGGGCCUGAGCUCCAUGGCCCGUCUGCUGCUACUGGAGAUCCUGGAGUUCAGAGCCGGGGGCUGGAUGCUCAGCGACACGGCCCAGAAAUACUACUACAGCGAAGUCAGCGACUAGACGGAGGCUAGGCCAGGCUACAGUAGGUGGGUGGGUGGUGUUCAGUAGGCACAAAAUGGGAUUGGACGAGCUGAGGUUGGAAUCUUCCGUUUCAUGUCUACUGAAUGUGACCCUGGGUGAUAGUAUUGGGAGAGGGGCUGCAUAGUGGAUGAUUACAGAAAGGACACUGUUUUUGCUGUGCUUUGCCAUGGGGUAGCGACUAGCCAGUGUGGUUAGCAGCAGGGAUAUUUCCACUAUAGCCAGUUAGUCAGUUCGAAAUGUGCAAUUGUAAAUGGUUGUAAAAAGGUUUUUGUUGGUGAGAGGUUUAUAUACAGAAGUGUAUUUGAAUUGGGUUGGUUUGAAGCAAGUUUGACUGAAUUUCAGGAUAUUUUGUGGGUUUCGAUUAGCAAUUUUUACUCCAGUCAAAUUAUUUAUUGUUUAUCCCUUUGCUUUCUGACAUUCCAAUGUUAUGAGACAUUUCACUAUUGUACAAAAGUAGUUCAGAUACACAUUCCAGUCACUUGGGCUUGACCAUGAUUUGAGUUCUUAUAGAUCUUCUGCCAGUCGUCACUGAUACUGUUUUUAAGGGUGAUCUUUGUUACUUUUUUCUACAAAGAAUCUUGAGGUGUGCAGAAAAUGUGGAGAGCUUAGACAAUCAUUAGGCCCAAGGGAAUGUAUGGAUCAAAUGAUGAUCUCACAAUCAAUGCUUUACAAAAAGGCUGCUUUCACACAGACAGCCCAAUUCUGAUAAUGUUUUUUGUUUUACCACUAAUUGGUCUUUUUACCAAUCAGA